CGCAGUUACGGAAGCCUUAAAGUUAGCCAGGAAGCUACCUGAAAAUGGCCACCUGGGGAAAGUUUGCUUCCUUGUCGAGGACUGUCCUGAGGAUUCCUCGGACUGUGAGAAACUUUGGAAAAUACCGCGCUUGUGUUUUAGGUUCUGUAGUUGGAAGCGGGCUUGUCCUUUACUACCCGAACCACCAUGCUAACAACACGGCUCUGCCCUUCGCUGUUUGUGCAGCAGRGGAAGAAAAAGAAAGCUUAAAAAAAAGCAGUUAACACAACAGGAAGUGAACAAGAUGUUGACGGCUGCCUCCAGAGCUCGGCCAGGCAGUGGUCUUUUCAGAACUUUGGGAGACAACGGUUUGAUAUCCUACACAGAGUAUCUGUUCUUGCUGACCAUCCUAACCAAACCACGUACAGGGUUUCAUAUAGCCUUCAAAAUGCUUGAUGUGGACGGCAACGAGCAAGUGGACAAAAAAGAGUUUCUUAAGCUUAAGAAAAUCAUUGGCAAAAGUAAAGUGAAACUUCCCAAAGACGACGCAGAGAAACCAGCAGAUGAAGGAGAGGAUGUAAACACAACACUACAGGCUUACUUCUUUGGGAAGAAAGGAGACAAUAAAUUACARUAUCAGGACUUUCAGAGGUUCAUGGAGGACUUGCAGGCUGAGGUCCAAGAAAUGGAGUUCCUACAGUUCUCCAAAGGCAUGGACACCAUGAGAAGAGAAGACUUUGCUGAGUGGCUGCUGCACUACACCAACGAGGAAGAUAAUGAGGUUUACUGGGAAAACGUGAGGAAGAAGAUUCCUGCUGGUCAGAGUAUCACAUUUGAAGAGUUCAAAUCCUUUUGCCUAUUUACCAACAACCUGGAGGACUUUGCCUUUUCAAUGARGAUGAUGACAGAGGCCAACCGUCCCGUGGGAAUGGCUGAGUUCAAGCGAGCUGUAAAGAUUGCCACGGGCCACGAGCUGUCAGAAAACGUCCUGGACACCGUGUUUAAACUUUUUGACAUGGAUGGAGACAACUGCCUGAGCCACAGAGAAUUCAUGGGAGUAAUGACUGACCGAGUACUGCGUGGCCUGAAGGUGCAGCCUCAGAGUGGCAUCUCUGGUUUCUGGAAGUGUGUGAAAAGGGAGACCCUAAAAGGAGCUCAGGAGGCUCUGGGACAUGCUGGCUGCCCCAUCUGAACCACUAAAAUGUUUUUGUUUUGUUUUCUUUACUUCUUCUACAAGAUUUCUAUCUAAUAUAUAAAAUAAGUGUUGUGAAUGAGACUAUACAUUCAAACAAAYCUAGGGUAUGUACCACUAUCCUAUGUUCAAAUACAUUUUAGGCUACUUAAUGUUCUUUGAUAUUAACUUUAGAUCUUUCAGCUGKGUUGUGGUAUUUAGAGUACUGGGUCCAUGUCAGUUUUUGAACUUUACAAAUUCAAUCCAUUAAAGAUGGUUAUAGGCUAAAGGUUAAGUACCAGUAAGUAAAAAUCUUUGCAUUUGACCAGAAUUCUUCUUUUUUAUGUCACAAUUUGUUUGUGCACAGUCCAGCUGCUUUAUUGAAAGAAAAUAUCUUGUUGAUAAAAACAAAAGAGAGAACUUAAAAUGUGAUGGUAAUAAUCAGUUUUGGUACAGUUUUUGGCUGCUCAAACAGGGCUGAAGGUAUAUUCUGGGUAAGAAAUCACGUGCCCUUAUUGCGUACUAAUAACCAUGUCUGCUCCAAGGAUGUGAAAAUAUCAAUUUAUUGUUUGUAUAUAAAAAUCACCAAAACAAGUCUAUUUGAAUAAUUAUAACUUUGUAUAACUUGGUAUUUUAUUUUUUCCCUUUUUCCAAAUAAAGGUUUGUAACAUUUCA